GUUUGAGUGUUUCGUGAGCCACCAGGUCCCCAGUCCAAUCGCACAGUCACAACUUUAUAAUGAAGCUGUGCUUCAGGUUCAUCCUUGCGGUUGCUUUCCUUUGUUUAAUCUUCGCCAAACCAUGGAGAAGGGGCUCCGUCAACAGGGAUAACGGACACAGGAGAGAUGUUGAUGCGAAAACAGGUUUCGGACGGCACGAGCAGGAGCGUCCCCCAUCGAAGGGAUGGCGGUCGUUCGUGGCCGACCAGGGCGUACCUCAACCACCGCAGAGUAAACGGCUGACCGCCCGGGACGUGGAGCUGUCAGUGGAAUCAGUCGUGAGCUCGCCCUCCGGAGAACUGUCAGUAUCGGUCGUUCUGGACUCGCCACCCGCAGAGCUGACCAUAGCGUCGAGGUGGAACGACGCGCCGGCCGAAGAACUGUCGAGCGUGCCGGAUCUCGGCUCGCCGUCUUCAGAAAUGUCAGCGGUAUCAUCGGUGACAGAGCUUCAAGAUGAACUGUCACCUGCCACCAGCGCUGGAAGUGGAACCACGCCGACGGAAGCCCCUAACGCAUGUCAGGUGAGUGCUUUAAGUUUUACAUUUCGAACCCUCUGCUUCACACACAACUCGCGCACGUUGGGCUAUGAACACAUACAUGUCAAACCCACGCUUUCACAUAAAAAUUGAAAGUUGGGGUUAUUAAGAGAUCAUAAAUUAACGAUUUUUUUUUUUUGAGCCAAAGCCCAGUGAUAAAGGGCCGAGUGAAUAUCUUCAAAGCAAUUAUUGUGUAAAUAUUCCCGCCCCACCCCCUUUUUUAUAUUAUUCAUUCCCGUAUCUGAGGUUUGGGAUCAAAGAACGAUCACUCAAAUAUACAUUUUUAGUUUAAGCAAUCAUUUCCCUUUGUGGACAGACCAGCAGAAUUGAGAGCAAAUAUCAGUUGGAUGCACGCCGCCUUUGUGAGAAUACAACUAAAUACAUUUGCCUUCCAAAUUACAGCUGUGUAUAGACCUAACGGCUUUAGUAACAGUUUGGUCCCGGAUGGAGGACUGAGGCCAGCGGGUUCAUCCUUAGAUAUGCCACGUGCUCUCUAAGCCACUGCUUGAUUCAUCAGUGGAUCCAACAGUGUGUCCAUAUCAAAAUCCACAAAUUUGAUCCACUGCUAAUAUGUCCACCUUUAGGUCCACCGCUAAACACAAUACCAGCUCCAUUACCGCAUUAAACAAUUAAUUCCCUACUUGCCUACUUGAUCCAACACUUUAUCCACUGCUAGAUCCACGUAUAAAUCCACCACAAGACCCCUACCUAUAGAUCCACCACUAGAUCCACUACUUGAUUCACGAUUAGAUCCACAUAUAAAUUCAUCACAAGAUCCAUGCCUAUAGAUCCACCACUAGAUCCACUACUAGACCCACUCACUUAUAAGGCUGCUUGAUCCACUACGAGACAGCCCCCCCCCCGACUAGAUCCACAUAUGAAGUCACCACUAGAGCCACCGCCCACUUUUAUCCAUGGAAUCAUAUCCAAUCGAUCCACCUCUUCUCCCACGCCCAGGGUCUCACCAAACCCCAGGAAGGACCGUGCCUGAAAUGUCGGUGCGUCAGUGACACUGCCCAGCCCAAGUACGAGUGCACCGUCACGGAAUGCAUGAGGGGUCAGUGCGUGGAUGGCCACACACCGCCAGGCGAGUGUUGUCCCGUCUGUCCAAACGGUGAGUAAUCUUGAACUUAUUCACGCACCCCAUAAACAAGCAAAAAAAAAUUCUUUAAUACAGCAAAUAUAAUAAAUAUAUUUCAUAAUAAUGAAUUUAAAAAAGCAAAAAAAAAUUUCCCUUCAUUUCCAGGUCGUAACUGUGACGCCAACGGCCAAGUCAUACCGUUCGGCCCGGUGGUGGAGCUCGAUAACGGUGACCAGUGCUACUGCGCCAACGUCCAGGGCCGUUGGGGGGAGCUGGAGGCCGUCUGCCAAACUCCUCCGACGCCGCCGGACUACCCGUCGUACGACUAGCUGACCUCCUGGAAGGACGGAGGACGUACGAUGCGCACGACUGACGCACUGCAACAACUGAAGCUACUCGCGUAUACCGUGAAAUCAAAUGUGUUUUCAAUUAUUUACUUCCUGUCUCUUGUAAGAGUUCUCUAAUCCUUUUACACUUUAUCUGUCCUAUUACCUUGGGG